AUUCUACAGGGGGUUAUUCAUGGAGCAUGUGAUAGACGGUGGACAUCGUGUGCGUGCGUCUUAUCAACGCAUACUGCUGACUGUUUUGCCAUGUGAGGAGACCGCGGUGGGUUGCUUUGAUGCUUGUCAAUUAACGCACGCUAUGGGCACUUCCGCUGCCGUCGUGCGGCGCGCCUGCAACUGCAACGCUACCACCUCGACUCGCCCCUGCUAGCAGCAUCCGGGAAGCUGCCCUGCCACUGCCAGGCUGCCACACCGAGAUCAUUUUAUUAUAAAUGUGGGGCGAGAGAACUCAUCAUAAGCACUGGCAUCAAGGUCAUGGUACCUCGGGGAAUUCCAACAACAAAAAGCAUGAUAAGCGGCAGCCAAAAUUUAUACCAGACAAUUAUAGCUCCGUCGAUGAGGUUACUACUGCUCUGCGAGAAGCUGGCCUCGAAUCGUCAAAUCUAAUCCUCGGUAUUGAUUUCACCAAAAGCAAUGAGUGGUCAGGCAGGCAUUCCUUUAGAAGAAAAUCUCUGCAUGCCAUUAAUGGCACCCCAAAUCCAUAUGAACAAGCUAUCUCUAUAAUCGGGCGAACGCUGUCACCUUUUGACGAUGAUAACUUGAUACCAUGUUUUGGAUUUGGCGAUGCUUCUACACAUGAUCAUUCUGUGUUCAGUUUCUACCCAGAGAACCGACCCUGUCGUGGCUUUGAGGAGGUUCUUGUAAGGUAUCGACAGAUUGUACCACAUUUGAACCUUUCAGGACCAACUUCUUUUGCACCUCUUAUUUAUGCAGCGAUUUCUGUUGUUGAAAACAGUAAUUGGCAGUACCAUGUCCUCGUGAUCAUAGCUGAUGGACAGGUGACUGCCGCGAAUAUAAAUGAUGGAAGAUUAAGUCCACAGGAACAAGCAACUAUACAAGCAAUUGUCGAUGCUAGCUACUAUCCUCUUUCAAUAGUAAUGGUUGGGGUGGGUGAUGGACCAUGGGAUGCGAUGCAGCAUUUUGAUGACUGUAUCCCUGAAAGAGCUUUUGACAAUUUUCAGUUUGUGAACUUCACUGGUAUUAUGUCAACAAGUAAGGAUAUGUCAAAGAAGGAGGCUGCAUUUGCCCUUGCAGCUCUUAUGGAAAUACCUUCUCAGUAUAAAGCAACGCAAGGCCUCCGACCUCCAGAAAAGCAAGCACAAAGGAUUGGCUCUCCUAGGAUUCUUCCUCCUCCAAAUAAAGUUCUUGAAAAUGAUAAUGCCGCCGCCGCUGCUUCGCACCCUCCUCAAACUGCAAGCUCGAAAUCAACUGGUAUUGGCAAAAGUGCUGCUGACGAGCAGGUAUGCCCCAUAUGUCUAACCAAUCCAAAGGACAUGGCUUUUCAGUGUGGUCAUCUGACAUGUAAGGAAUGUGGCCCAACACUAUCAACGUGCCCAUUGUGCCGCGCUCUAAUCACCAUGCGUGUGAGGCUCUACUCCUAAGUCGGUUGGUGUCUGGAGGGAUGGGACCAAACAGAAAGGAGCAAGAACUUUGGGGCGCAAGGACUGCGCUACGAUCUUGAGAUAUGGUCCAUAUGGAUGUCAUGAUAACGAUGCAUGUACAGAAACCUUGUCCGUGCCUAUUCAGUAAUGUCGUUGAUGAGUAUCUUCCAUCAAUCACAUGUAAAAUUUCUAAUGUUAUCUUGUAUUAGUAGCAGGGGAUUGCUUGUUGAGUGGAAUACCACCAGUUGUUCAGCAACAGAUAGUAAACUCCAUGUGCAUUUGGAAGUCACUUUUGUGAUUUGUGUCCAA